AUGACAUUAAAUCAUCAUGUAUUAAAAACUUUACCGGAAUAUUUUAUUACAACAAAUGCUGAAGAUUCAACACUGACAGAUAAUAAAUCACAUUGUACAUUUGAAAUUUUGAGAAUUCAUGGAUCUGAAUCAAUAUCUCAGAUAUUUAAAACUGAUGUCUGGCAACAAUUUCAGAAUACUAAAUCACAUUUAUAUAAUGUAAUUGCAAUUAUUGCUCAACUUAAAGAAAAUAAAAACCGUAAAAAAUGA